GUGUGAACUCAGGACUCAUGGAUCACGAAUGAGUGUUCAGGUACGUCGUCCUCGGCCUUGCCAUCUUCAGCGCCGUCGAGAUUCCCGUCUCGCUCUCGCGCUACUUCACGCACACCUCGCCCUACGCCCCGCACCUCCCCAACCUCGCCAGUUUCGUGUCGCCCGACGGGUACCACGUCCUGCAGCUCCUCUUCCUCGCACUCGCCUUCUCCAUCGUCGCGGCCAGCGUCGCGGUGCUGGUUUGGUCGCUCGAGACGGCGCGGCUGGUGGCCAAGGGCCUCACCUUCGCCGAGUCGAGAGAGGCCUUCCCGUACCCGUGGUCGCACGUCUCGUCCCUUGACCACGCCGCCAUCGACGCCGCGGACGAGCUGCUCGUCAUCUCGGGACACGCCUUUGUCUUUUGCACCAUGCUCUCGGGCGCGCUGCAGGUCGCGACGCAGACGGUGCACAUGCUGUACCGCGGGCUGAGGGACGGCGCGCCGCGCACGCUGACGCCCGCCGACGAGUCGGUCGUCUCGCUGCUGAGGCUGGUGCCGCGGACUGAGAGGAGGGGCGCGCAGGGCGGGCAGAGAUGCCGGGUGGGGGAGGAGGUGGUGUAGUAUGUGUGUGGCUGCACCGUGGCACGGUAGUUCGGAGUACGUACAGUGCCUCUUGGGGCUUGUCUCAGAGCUCUCCCAAAGUCCGUUACUCAAGUACGUUGCCGCGAUGAAUUCUUUUUUUGAGC